CGGACGCCGGCCGUCUUCCUGCCGCGGAGCCCAGAGCGCGGCCGCGAUGAGCUGGCAGCUGCUGCUCUGGCUGCUGGUGCUGUGCGCGCUGCUCGCGGUCGUGGUGCAGCUGGUGCGCUUCCUGCGGGCCGAUGGCGACCUGACCCUGCUGUGGGCCGAGUGGCAGGGGCGACGCCCAGAAUGGGAGCUGACUGAUAUGGUGGUGUGGGUGACGGGAGCAUCAAGUGGGAUUGGUGAGGAGCUGGCUUACCAGCUGUCUAAACUGGGAGUUUCUCUUGUGCUGUCGGCCAGAAGAGUGCAGGAGCUGGAGAGGGUGAAGAGAAGAUGCCUCGAGAAUGGCAAUUUAAAAGAAAAAGAUAUACUUGUUUUGCCCCUUGACCUGACUGACAGAAGUUCCCAUGAAGUGGCAACCAAAGCGGUUCUCCAGGAGUUUGGUAAAAUCGACAUUCUGGUCAACAAUGGUGGAAGAUCCCAGCGUUCUUUGUUUGUGGACACCAGCCUGGAUGUCUACAAGGAACUAAUAGAGCUUAACUACUUAGGGACGGUGUCCUUGACAAAGUGUGUUCUGCCUCACAUGAUCGAGAGGAAGCAAGGAAAGAUUGUCACUGUGAAUAGCUUCCUGGGUAUCGUAUCUGCACCUCUUUGUAGUGGAUAUUGUGCCAGCAAACAUGCUCUUCGGGGUUUUUUUAAUGGCCUCCGAACUGAACUUACUGCAUACCCAGGUAUAAUAGUUUCUAACAUUUGCCCAGGACCUGUGCAGUCAAAUAUUGUGAAUAAUGCCCUAAAGGAAGAAGUCACAAAGAUUGUAGGCAAUGGUGGAGACCAGUCCCACAAGAUGGCAACCAGUCGCUGUGUGCGGCUGAUGUUAAUCAGCAUGGCUAAUGAUUUGAAAGAAGUUUGGAUCGCGGAUCAGCCUUUUUUGUUAAUGGCAUAUUUGUGGCAAUAUAUGCCAACCUGGGCCUGGUGGAUUACCAACAAAGUAGGGAAGAAAAGGAUUGAGAACUUUAAGAGUGGUGUGGAUGCAGAUGCCUCUUAUUUUAAAAUCUGGAAGAGAAAACAUGACUGAAGGAAUACUUGCAUUUUUCAAGCCACUGGAGGGAGAAAUGGAAAACAUGAAAACAGCGAUCUUCUUAAGAACUGAAGACUAACUUGUAAUUUUACUUCUUAAUAGAUACAACUUUCAACAUGUAAUAAAUAACAAAUAAAAGACUGCCAUUAAUCUUGCAAUAAAGAUAGUAAUACAUACUA